AUGUCGCCUCAAAGAAUCUACUUUCUCGUCCACGGCACCGUCCAAGGUGUCAACUUUCGCUACUUUACGCAGAAGAAGGCCACAGAAGGCGGCGUGACUGGUUGGGUCCGAAACACUGAUUCCGGAAAGGUCGAAGGGGAAGCUCAAGGAUCGCCAGAUGCUAUCAAGCAGUUCCUGAAGCACAUUGAUCAAGGCCCUUCCCAUGCAAAAGUCGUGAAGCUCGACAAGGAAGAACGCGACGUGAAAGAUGGCGAGAGCAACUUCGAGGUCCGGUCUUGA